CCUGGAAUUCGGCGAGUUAGAAAAGAUACCAAGCCAUCACGCUACUCUUCCGGUUUUUCAUUGCAGACCGUCAUUUUCAUGCAGAUUUCCUGAUUAAACCUAUUUUCUUUAUGCCUGAAUUGAAGUGAAAAAUUAGAUUUGCAGAAGAUUCACUUAGAUUUGCAGGAGAUUCACCGAGAUUUGCAGGGGACGUUCAAAUGUCAGCGAUUGCAGAUGCCUCCUCACCAUCAUCUACUUCAUAUAUUCAUUUGGUUCAGCACUUGAUUGAGAAGUGUUUGCUGUUUAACAUGGAUCAACAGGAAUGUUCAGAGGCACUUUCUAAGCACGCCAAUAUUCAACCCACCAUAACCGUUACAGUGUGGAAUGAAUUGGAAAAGGAGAACAAAGAUUUCUUCUCCAGGUAUAUGGAAAAUAAAAAAGAAUUUAAAAGCGAAGAGCUGAAGCAGGUGGUGGAUGGUAUAAACGCUAGAUUUUGCAAGCAAACUCUUUAAAACAUGGUUACAACCAGUUUGUGGAUAAUUUUCUACUGUAAAUUUGGUAACUGAAUUGGCGAAAGCAGAUCUUGUGUCAUACAAUUUGAUUAAUAGGAUCAAAUUGCAAAAUAUCUCACCAUUAUAUAGUUUUUGGUGCACUCAUUCCAUAGAAUGUGCACCAAUGUCCAUAUACAAGUAUCUUGUUUU